AUAGGCCUGCAGGCUGGUUUGAAUGUACCACAGGAGCUGACAGAACAACGACAUGGCCCAAAACAGGCUGUAUUUUAAUUGUAUUUAUUGCGGAUAAUUGUCAUGUAAAUAGACCUACACGAGAGACGAAUCAGGGCGAUUCGAUGAUUUAUGUCUGGGGAGAGGAUGUUUUCCCGCUGCUAGUUAAACAGGCCACCCGGAUCUAUUAGCUUAGCUGGCUAGCUCUCUGCUUUCGCGGUGAUAAUAACAUCCCAGUCAUGGUUUUGAUGAUGGAAUCGCAGUGCGAGUAUUUUAUGUAUUUCCCCGCCGUGCCCAUUUCCGACCUGUCAGACCCGGCUCGGUACCGCAGCCUCCCGCGCCGCAGCCAUCUGUACCUGGGGGAGACGGUGCGCUUCCUGCUGGUGCUGCGCGCGCAGAGCGGCUCGGGCUCCGGGUGCAGUGAGGAGCGCGCGGGCCGCGGCUGGCGGGAACUGGCUGCGUCUCUGCGCGCGCUCGCCAGCGUGUGUCCGGGUGAGAGCAGGGCGCGGGGGAGAGAGCGUUCCGGGGAAGAUGCAGCCGAGGAGGAGGAGAGUGAUGAAGAUGAUGGAGCGGCGAGCUGCUCAGCCAGAGGAGCCGCGACAUACCGGGGAUUCAGGGAGUGUAAGCCGCUUCUCAUCCACAAUAACCCCGGUAACGGCGCCAGGGAGUUCCGCAGAGCUCCGGUGCAGUCACCUGUGGAUGAGCCAGUGGUUCUGAAUGAUGAAGUCAUCUUCCCCCUGACUGUGUCCUUGGAUAAACUCCCAGUCAACACACUCAAAGUGAAGAUCAUAGUGACUGUAUGGAAACAGGAGGAGGAGAAGGCUGAGAUCCAGGAACAUGGCUACCUCAGCAUUCUUCAGCAGAAGAGCCCGUGCCAAACCUUCCGCCAGGACCUCAACACCUUCAAAGCCCAAGUCAGCACCACUCUAAACGUCCUUCCUCCACCCACAGUGAAGUGUCAGCAGAUGACUGUGUCUGGAAAGCAUCUGACUGUACUUAAAGUGUUAAACGGAAGCUCUCAGGAGGACGUGUGUGUACAUGAUGUACGAAUCCUGCCCAACUUCAAUGCCUCUUAUUUACCCAUGAUGCCUGAUGGCUCCGUGCUGCUGGUCGACAAUGUGUGCCAUCAGUCAGGUGAGGUUGCCAUGGCGUCCUUCUACAGGAUGGACAGUGAGUCUAGUCACCUUCCCAGCAUGCUCAGUGCUCUAGAGCAGCAAAACUUCCUGUUUCAACUGCAGCUCAGUGACCAGGCCCAGGAUGAUUCUAAUGAGGGUCUUGAGGUGCCACUGAUAGCAGUCCUCCAGUGGUCCACUCCCAAGCUGCCAUUUACCAGCUCCAUCUACACACACUACAGUGUGCCUAGCAUCAGACUGGACCGGCCUCACUUCAUCAUGACCGCAAGCUGCCCCAGUGCCGUAAGAGCUCACGAGCACUUCAGAGUGCGCUACACACUCCUCAACAACCUGCAGGACUUCCUGGCUGUACGGCUCGUCUGGACACCAGAAGGCCGUGGGCAGAAGGAGGACCCGGCAGUAAAUGCAGUAGUGUGUCAUUCUCCUCUAAGUAACCUUGGUUACUGUCGCAAAGGCAGCACUCUCUCUGUCUCUGUGGCCUUCCAGAUCCUCAAAGCUGGCCUCUUUGAGCUGAGUCAGCACAUGAAACUAAAGCUGCAGUUUACAGCAUCCGUGUCGAACCCGCCCCCUGAAGCCCGUCCUCUCUCACGUAAGAACAGUCCGUCCAGUCCUGCUGUACGAGACAUACUGGACCGACACCAGGCCAGCCUGAGCCUGGGCCGCUCGCAGUCUUUCUCCCAUCAGCAGCCCUCCAAGUCCCACCUCACCAGGACAGGCAGUGUUAUGGAACGGCGUGCAAUCACUCCUCCUGUCGGUUCUCCUGUCGGUCGGCCACUCUACCUCCCCCCGGAGCGGAGCAUUUUAUCGCUCGACAAGAUCGCCAAGCGCGAGUGCAAAGUGCUGGUGCUGGAGUCACACAGCUAAAUGUACACACACACACGCACACACACACACACAAAUGCAUCACUGGGAAGAACAGGAAGUGUCACACUGGAAUUUAAUUUUGAAAUCUUAGUUGUAGUGAGUUGUUAAUUAUCCAACUUGAACUGAUUUGUUCUGGAAAAGUGUAACGUGGAAUGUUUAAGGUUCUCUGUAAUGUAGCAGACACAGGGUCUUUUAGUUUUAGUAGUGUUCAAGUGAGGGGUUGAUUUUUAUGUUUCUACACGUUCAUUGUUUACAUGCUGUGCAUUAAGGCUCCGCAUCUGCUUUCAGAUCAGGCGCAAAAUAUGCUACUGUCUACUGACAUCAUUCUGAAAGGCAGGUAAAAUAAGAACACAGAAAUGCUGUAAUCCACAAACUUAUGAAGUAGUUCAGUCACUUUAAGGCCUUGUUUUAAAUUUGUCACUCCUUAAUUCAGUGCACAGUGCACUAUGUGAAGACUAGUGUCUGAGGAAACACAUGGGGUCAUGAACCUGGAAUUGACUGGAAGUCAACCUGCCUGAAUGUUUGUUUAUAACAUUUGUGAGUCAGUCUUUUCUGACUGUUCUCUAUUACAGUAUGCUGUUCCACUGACCUCCACCAGUGGAUACCUUUUUUUUUUUUUUUAAUUUUUAAAAUUAUUUCUGAAUGUAAAUGUAUUUAUUUAUUUUUCGUGGUCUUGCCAGUCUUAAUAUCUACAUCCAUUCCUUUGCUCCUGCGCAAUCCUUUGUAUUUCUUUGUUUUAAUGUUUUAAUAUAUAUAUAUUGUUUAUUUAUGAGCCUUUAAAUUGAUUGGGUUUUUUGAUUAUUGAUACCUGAUAUAAGCUGCUAUUAUGUAUCACAGUACAUUUCAAUCUUAAGUGUUGUUUUUGGGAAACUUAAAUGCAAAUUCCUGAGGCAGUGCAGCGUCUGUUUUUGACUGUCUCUUUGACUGACUAUGAUCCUGAUGGUUAAAAAAAUGUUCUGAAAGGCCAAAUUAAAAUAUUAUGCAAUCUUUGGAUGGAAACUACAGUGCCCUAGUGUAGCAUAGUCUUUGAUAUUAGUAACAUUCUCACACAUAACAGCUUCCUUCUCUAAUACAUGAUUGUUAUACAUAUAAUGGAAUAUGGAAUGUUCUCUCUUGAUCUCAGCCAUAUCCAGCUUGAGGUCCCCCCCCUCCACCCUCCCCUUUCUCAUAGUGCUUUGCUUGACAUAAGCACUCUCCCUCAUACACACACAUACACACAACCAUGCCGAUGCCCACAGGUGAGUUGAUGAGCCACUUUAUGUUCCUCCUGGUGGGCGUCAUGUUGUCUGACAUCAUUUUGAUUUAUUUCUAUGCUUUAUACUUAUAUUCAAUGAGUCCCAUGUUCCAGUUCUGUGCUCCAACGGUGGCUACCAGCACCAUGUUAUUGAUUUGUGUGUAUUGAUUUUGUGCCGGUCUUUGGGGGCAGAUGCUGACAUGCCUCUCAGCUGUAUUGAUAAUUGAACAGAAGGCUUUAAGCCCCCCUGCCUGAUUUCACAUUACAAUCAUUGCAUGACUGAUCUGAUUUGACCCCUUGAAUAGAGAAUUGGUGUGCAUUAAUAUUCAGUGCUUGUAUGAUGAGGACCUGUUUGUUUGUAUUCCAUAACAAAAUUUUAGCUAGACAGUGCAGCUACCUGCUUAAAAGCUCUCUCUUUUGCAGUUCUCUGUGGUCUAAUAUCUACAAGUAUGAUCAACCUGACUGACCUACUUUACUGUAUGAGGCACGAAAAUGUGAUCAUAAUGCCAUAGCUUCAGUAAGAAGAACUCCUCUCGUUAUUUCAAUGUUCAACAAACUAUUUCAAACUUUGGACUUGAAGUUGAUACUACUCCAUAAACAUGCUCAAUACAUGAAGUUUCAUGUUUUAUUAUUUUGUAUUUUUUUUGUAUUACAUCAUAGGAAUCAAAUUGGUACAUUUAUCAUAUGGGUUAUUGAAGUUUUUUUUUUUUUCAUCUAAGCACUUUAUUGCAAUUCUUUUAUCUUUCUUGGAUUGUCAUUGGAUUGUUUGAUUGCUGAUGUCUAAAGGUUUACUCUUAUCUGAAGUGUUUAAAUUGCAAAAUGUGUUUAAAGCUUGUGACAACCCUACUGGGUAAUGCACUUGAAAGAACCGAAUAAAUGGAUGUGGGCAUUUGUAAUGUUUCUUU